CUCAUAACAACAGCUGGCAGCAGAAAGGGAGAGAUAGCAAAGAGCAAGCGGAGCAGGAACACUCAUCUGCUGCUUGGCUGUGUACAGUGUAGACAUCACUGCUGCUUUCUGUAGGAAAUUACACGAGCGACUCCUCCGACUUUGACACGGCUCACGGCGCAUGCUCAGACUACCUGACAGUGCAGCAGUUUGAUUCAGGAACUGAGAGAUUUUAAAAAGCUUUUAAACAUGACAACUUCAUGGAGUGACAGACUGCAGAACUAUGCAGAUUUGCCUGCCAACAUGGACGGCCUGACCAUGAAGAAAUACAGAAGAGAGGCGUACCACAGAGUGUUUGUCAACAGAAGCUUGGCGAUGGAGAAGAUUAAGUGCUUUGGCUUCGAUAUGGAUUACACUCUAGCAGUGUACAAGUCACCAGAAUACGAGUCACUCGGUUUUGAGCUCACAGUGGAGCGGCUGGUUUCCAUCGGUUACCCCCAGGAACUACUGAGCUUUGUAUACGACCCAUCCUUUCCCACCAGGGGCCUUGUCUUUGAUACCAUGUAUGGAAACCUGUUGAAGGUUGACGCCUAUGGCAACAUCCUGGUGUGUGUCCAUGGGUUCAACUUCCUUCGUGGCCCUGAGAUACGUGAACGGUACCCAAACAAGUUCAUCCAGAGAGAUGACACAGAGCGCUUUUAUAUCCUUAACACACUCUUCAACCUGCCAGAGACCUACCUCUUUGCCUGCCUGGUGGACUUUUUCUCCAACUGUGAUAGAUACACAAGCUGUGAAACUGGCUUCAAAAACGGCGACCUCUUCAUGUCCUAUAAAAGCAUGUUCCAGGACAUCCGCGACGCCGUCGACUGGGUCCACUUCAAGGGUACUUUGAAGGAGAAGACUGUUGAGAACCUGGAGAAGUAUGUAGUGAGAGAUGGGAAGCUGCCUCUUCUCCUCAGCCGAAUGAAUGAAGUCGCCAAGGUUUUCUUGGCAACCAACAGCGACUACAAAUACACUGACAAAAUCAUGACCUACCUGUUUGACUUCCCCCAUGGCCCAAAGCCUGGGACCUCACACCGACCCUGGAAAUCCUACUUUGACCUGAUUCUGGUGGACGCCAGGAAGCCGCUGUUCUUCGGAGAGGGGACGGUGCUCAGACAGGUCGACACGACAACAGGACGUUUGAAGAUAGGAACCUACACAGGACCUCUGCAGCAUGGUAUCGUCUACUCUGGAGGUUCCUCAGAUAUCGUGUGUGACCUGCUGGGCGCCAAGGGGAAGGACAUAGUCUACAUCGGGGACCACAUCUUUGGAGACAUCCUCAAGUCUAAGAAGCGUCAGGGCUGGAGGACGUUCCUGGUCAUACCUGAGCUGGCCCAGGAGCUGCAUGUGUGGACCGACAAGAGCUCGUUAUUCGAGGAGCUGCAAGGCCUGGACAUUUUCCUCGCAGAACUCUACAAACAUUUGGACAGCAGCAGCAAUGAGAGGCCGGACAUCAGCACUAUUCAGAGAAGAGUCAAGAAAGUGACUCAUGACAUGGACAUGUGCUAUGGCAUGAUGGGAAGUCUUUUCCGCAGUGGCUCCAGACAGACUUUGUUCGCCUCUCAAGUAAUGCGUUACGCCGACUUGUAUGCAGCGUCCUUCAUCAACCUGCUGUACUACCCCUUCAGCUACCUCUUCAGAGCUGCACAUGUACUGAUGCCACACGAGUCGACGGUGGAGCACGCCCACGUGGACAUCGACAUCGAGUCACCACUGGCCACACGCAACCGCUCCCAAUGCAGCAACUGUAAAGACCUGGACUGCAAACGCAACCAGCUGACCCGCUCCUUCAGCGAGAUAAAACCUCCAAACCUGUUCCCCCAGACUCCACAGGAGAUCACUCACUGCCACGAUGAGGAUGAUGAUGAAGAGGAGGAGGAGGAAGAAGAAGAAGAAGAAGAGGAGGAGGAGGAGGAGGAGGAGGAGGAGGAGGAGGAGGAGGAGGAGGAGGAGUAGGUGUUAAAACUGACUAACAGAGGAAAGCCACGCUCCUGUUCCUGCCUUCCCAGUAGAGUCGGGUAGUUAUCUCUCUUAUAGUGCAGCAAGGAGGAACAUCAUUUCCAGUGUGUGUCUGUGUGUGUUUGUGUAUAAAUGUUCAAACUGUGUGCACAAAUACACAUAAACACAAAGACACACACACACACACACACACACACACUGAAGAUGUUGGAGGAAAGUAAAAAGGACCAGUGAGACAGAUCAUAUGACUGUCAGAGGACUGUUUGCAUGCUUGUUCCUCUUAAACCCAAAUUCUCCAUGCUUCAUUGAUUUUUAAUUUCAUUUCUGUCUUAUUUCCCCCUCGUCAGGCAGACAGAUAUCACAUAUCUUGUGUUUCACCAGCUGACUUCUAAGAUCUGCUGGUGGGAUGAAUAGAUGUAUUCAUAAUUUACUCCUGAAUCCAUCACAGAUAGUCAGUAAACUGUAACUUAAAUCCUAACAGACGAGCCCUGCUGACACAGUAUGCACAUUAUAAUCAAAGGAGAACGCUCUGCAGUUACGGAUUGAAAAAAAAAAAAGAAAAAAAAAAAAAAGAUGCACACGCUGUUAAAACAGACCUUUUUUUUUAUAUGCAACAUGGGAACAACAUUUAGUUUGUCAUCUGCUCAUUUUGAUUUUGUGUUUUUUCUUGUUAUCUUAGAGGAUUACUUGUAAGUGGGGGUGUGUGUGUGUUUCUGUGUGUGUACUCACUCAGACUGCAGCAUCCGAGCCGACAGUAAGCUAAGGAUCCAUUGUACUAAAGUGAAGCACAGGAGCACUGAAGCACAAGCCGGCGUUAAACCGAUGAGUAACCGGAUGCAUCCUUUGUAUCAAGACUUGUGUGCGAGAACACAACACAACAGUGGGUGUCUGUUGAAGUGAUUGUUACCAGGCAACUGUGCAUAGCAAUCAGGUGAACAGUUUAACGCCACCAGCAGCCAACAUGCAGUAUUUUCUCCACUUGGUUAUGUAGGAAGAAGAAACUUGAAUGAUGCAUCCGACCGUGUCAGAAGGCUUUUAUUUUGAUAAGGGAAAUGUACAGUAGAAGAUAGUGUGAGCUUGAAUGUGGCCUUAGGAUGUAAGGCAAUGAGGCUUUAGAGAAUGCACAGUUUCAAGCUAAUUUCUGUAGUUCUACUUCAAACUGUGAUUAGCUUGAUUUCUUUAUUUCCUUGGUUUGGGCCUUUCUGUGUGUGUGAGUGUGUUUUGUACUGCCAACCUUUAAUUCGGCAUCAUAUUCAUGAGGAAAUGUGCCAACAGAGAGAGUGAAGCUUGAGCGUGCACAGUAUUCUUCUGUUGGGCUUCGAACACUGUGAAGUGACCGUUUCAUGAUAGAGAUGAUUCUGUGUCACUAGUUCAAAACUGUAUUAAAAAAAAAAAGAAACCCUCGUAGUUUAAGCACUUCACUUGACAUAGGUUUAAGACUUUGCAAGACAACGAAUGAGAAGCUUCAAGCCCCCUGAAAGAACGUCCUUAAAACAUUUAACGUUUCUAACGACAGAAGAUAAAUGUCUUCAUCACUCACAGAAAGCUGCAUCAUCAGGGCAGUGAUGCUCGUGAUUUUACUUCUUUUUUAAAAACAGUCUCCAUCCAGUUUUAAUUCAAUUUGAAACAGAAAAAAAAGAGGAAAACAUUGAUGUUUGAAAUCAAAAAGAUAACAAUGCUGUAUGCAAAAAAUAGAGUUUUAGGAAUGAUUCCUGACAUGUGAAGAAGUGGGGAAAAGUACCCUAAAUUUGGAUUGAAAAAUGGCAAUUGACAAACGAUACCCGCUUUUAUUUUAAACAAGGAAAUGUAAGGGUGUGACGUAUAUUGAAACAGAACUCUGCCUAUGUAGAAUUAGUGGCACAAGUGCAGAGUUAAGAACCUUGGUAGUGGUUUAAAAUUUUAAAAAAAUCAUAUGUUUUCGACCUUAUCGCCCCCCCAUAGUCUGAAGCUGCUAUCAGGCUCUGAACUCAUUUAACAGGAGUGAUCACAGAGUUAUUACAAAAGACCAAGAUACAUUGUACACAUUCUGACUUUAUCUUUUUUUUCCUUUAUUUUUUAUUUUUUUAAACAUUCAGUGUAUCCUGUAUGUGUAUCCCCCCCCCCCUUUAUAUAUAAUAUAUGAAGUCUUUACAUUUCUUGUCCUCCUGUCAGUGUUGGCGUGGCCCAUUGAUUUGCGGCCACAAAAGGGAAGGAUCUCACCGUCUACGUUCUGCAUUAUUAUUGAGUUUGGUUUGAAGUGGUUUGAGAAGGUGAAAGUGUUGAACCGCUCUUUUCUCUGCUCAUUCUUUGGAUAAACCCUUGUGACACGUUUAGGAACUUAUAACAGCAUUUUGUCAUCAUUUAUUCUUUAUCGCUAAUCUUACAAGUGAACUAUUUGUAUUCUGAGUUUUUGUUAUUUGGUUUCUUAAACAUAGAGUAACUGGAUAUGCUACAUACGGCAGCUGCAUUGGUAAUAGGAAGUCGCCUACUGUCUUUUUCUUUGCAUUAUUUGCGUAUGCAUGUGAAAAUAACAAGCAUAUCCAUUCUACAGAGGUGGUAAAGGUAGCAUUUGUUUUUUUGCAUUUUAUGGUUUAGUAACAGUGUUUUUCUUUCUGAUUUGUCAUCGUAGUUUACAGGGACAUAAGACUUCAAACCUGUAAAAAAAAGAAACUCUUACAAUGAAGGGAAGUGUGAACAGCAUGUUAUGUAACAAAUGAGUCACCUGUUAUCAUCACCAUGGGUUUAUUUUUAUUUUUCUAAGCUAAUGUUUUUAAAAGAUCCUGGUUUACAGAACUGUAAAUAGACAUUUCCAUUUUCCUUUUCCUUUCCAAAUAACUGUUUUGUUAACUUUUAUACUCUACCAUUUAAAAAAAAAAGGCUUGUUCGCUCUUUGAACAAACUGAAGCCUGGACUAACCGGUUUAAGAAUCUGAAGAGGAUUUGUGUCUGUGGCUGUGAUGCCCACAGUGCAUCCACAUUAAGGUGCCAAAACGUCACCUUUCAGUUCUCUUUAGUUUUGAUGCAUUUUGAAUACACGUUCUCCUGAACAGUGGUUUUUGUUUGUUUGUUUCCAGACAUUCUCCAACACACUGUACAUUGAUACAUAUGUAGAAUAAAAAUAGUUUUUCAUAA